AUGAACAUCAGCGCGCUGCUCAACUCGUACUACGACCUGUCCGGGGAGCAGAUGAACCACAUCAACGAGUUCGUGGCCCGGGCCCUGCUCCACGUGGUCCACCACUACAUCCUCAGCGUGACCCCGUCGCUGGUGCUGACCCUCUGCUGCCGCAGCAAUCACACGUGCAACUUCUACAACGAGAUGAUGAGCACCCUGUUCCGCGAAUGGGGAUUGGCCCCCCUCCAAAUUGUGAAUGUGGAGCGCGGAGUUCCGUGGCGUCCAAUUCCGGGUCGUCGGCACUACAACGUCAUCUUCACCGACUCCUUUGCGGCCUUCGCCGAGAUCCGGAUGGAGUACUAUGCCCGGGAGUACAACUACAACGAGCACUACUUCAUCUUCCUGCAGGCCCGCGAUCGCCUGCUGCAGGGCGAGAUGCGUCUGAUCUUCGACUACUGCUGGCGCUACCAGCUCAUCCACUGCAGCAUCCAGGUGCAGAAGUCCAACGGGGACAUCCUCUUCUACAGCUACUAUCCCUUCGGGCAGCGGGGCUGUGCUGAUAUGGAGCCGCAGCUGAUCAAUCGCUACAAUGGCAGCAUGCUGGUGGAACCGGAGCUCUUCCCCCGGAAAUUGAGCAACUUCUUCGGCUGCCCCCUGCGCUGUGCGCUGUGGAAUGUGCCGCCCUUCCUCAAGGUCAGCGAGGAGCAGGUGGUGAGUGGUGGCUACGAGGGUCGUCUGCUCCUGGCGCUCGCCGAGAAGCUCAACUUCAGCAUCUCCGUGCGGCGGGUGCAUGCGAAUGUGAGGGAUGAGGCGCUGGAAAUGUUGCAACGCGGCGAGGCGGACCUGACGCUGGGCGGAAUCCGGCAGACGGUGGGCCGGAGCUUGGUGGCCACCUCGACGCACAACUACCACCAGACGCGGGAGGUCUUCGGAGUGCUGGCCUCCAGCUACGAGCUGAGCUCCUUCGACAUCCUGCUCUACCCCUACCGCCUGCAGAUCUGGCUGGGCAUCCUGGGCGUGGUGGCCCUGUCCGCCCUCCUCCAGUUGGCCGUCGAUCGGCUGCUGAGGGAGCGACUGGGUGGCUCGCGGACCUGGCUCAAUCUGGAGCUGAUCUUCGUGGGAAUGCCGCUGCUGGAGACCCCCAGAUCGCACACCGCUCGUCUCUAUUGUUUGCUGUUGAUGAUGUACACCCUGAUCAUACGGACAAUCUACCAGGGAUUGCUGUACCAUCUGAUACGAACCCAUCAGCUGAAUCGAUGGCCACAGACCAUCGAAUCGCUGGUGCAGAAGAACUUCACCGUGGUGCUGACGCCCAUUGUCCAGGAGGUGCUGGACGAGAUUCCCAGUGUGCAGAACAUGCGGUUCCGUCUGCUCGAGUCCAACUCCGAGCUGGAUCCCCUGUACUUCCUGGAGGCCAAUCACCAGCUGCGCCAGCACGUGACCGCCUCGGCCCUGGACAUUUUCAUCCACUUCAAUCGCCUGAGUGCCGAGCGGGUCCACAAGAGGGGCGAACAGGGAUCGGGAGCCCAUUUCGAGAUUGUGCCCGAGGACAUCAUCAGCAUGCAGCUGACCAUGUACCUGGCCAAGCACUCCUUCCUCAUCGACCAGCUGAACGAGGAGAUCAUGUGGAUGCGGUCGGUGGGCCUGCUGGCCGUUUGGUCCCGCUGGGAAGUGGUCGAGAGCUAUCUGCGCAGCGAGCAGACCUACCAGAUCCUGGGCAUCAUGGAGCUGUAUGCCAUCUUCGUGAUGGUUCUGGUGGGCCACAUCCUCGGCCUGGUCGUAUUCGUCCUGGAACUUGCGUCCCGGCGAUCGCUUUAUUUGAGAAAACUUUUUUUGUAG